UUCACCUAUGACAACAUCAUCAGUGACUCCGGAUCUUUAACUGUCAGUCUUCCACCCAAACAUGGAGAGAUAAGACACAUGUUACCCGCACAAGACUUCAGUGUUCUUCAUUCUAAGCGUUAUACAGCGAACAACGCCGACCCGAUAAGUCUGAACAGAAUGGCUGCGGAAAAAGGCAACGCGGGACUUGUAAACGUCAGUGCCAAAAGAGAAGACAGAUGCAAAGACGACCUACAGGAGGGUAGCAGUGCCCUGCAGACAGGGGACCUUGACACGGCAGAACAGGACUUUGAAGGUGCACACAAGUCCCAUCAUAGGAAAGGGACCAGUGGGAAGAGAUAUCAUCCCUACCAGCGUCAGAAAGUCAAGAAAAAAGAAACAAAGAAACGACGGGAAAAGACUGAAAAAAAGAGAAAAACUCGGCAGAAAAACAUCAAUGAUAAAGAAGAAGACACUACCAGUACAUACCAAGACCACCUACAGAAGGGCUGCAGGGCCCUGCAGACAGGGGACCUGGACAAGGCAGAAAAACACUUGGCAGCUGCGCUCAAGUCUGUCCAUGGGAAAGAUUCCAGCAAAGAGAUCGAGCCCCUAUUAAAGUUGAGCGAUGUCUACCUGAAGAGAGGACAACAAUCAAAGGACGGUGGUGAUUUCACCAAAGCAGCAGCGCUCUGUAAUGCAGCACUGGUAAGGUCAGAAGGAGAAGACCAAGACAACAUAAAACAAACAAUCCAAUUGAUAACCCAAUCAUUCAUUAAGCAUGUGCUGGGUAUCACACAAACAGUAGAUGCCGAUGAUGUCAAGAAACGUAAAACGAUGCUGAAAGAAGAUAGACAACAAGUCGAAAAAGAGAUGAAAACAAUUGAACAACAGGUUGAUCCUUAUAGCCUUGACGAUGAUGACCCUAAUAUCAGAGAAGUGGAGAGGAAGAGAGCAGAAGCAAUCAAAGAAUUGUUUCAGACGAUACUUCAUCAUCGAAGAACGUUUACAGUUGGCCUUGUAGAUGAAUGCAUGGAGGUAAUGGGUCCCCCUCCCUGUAAGUACGCCAUGAUAGGCCUGGGUUCACAAGCCACGGGACUAGUAACACCAUACUCUGAUCUGGAAUUUGCGAUUUUGGUAGAGAAGGAAACAGUGAAUAAUGUCACGUACUUCCGCAACCUCACUCACUAUCUGCAUCUUAAAGUCAUCAAUCUGGGAGAAACCAUUCUCCCGGCCAUGGGGAUCAAGUCUCUCAAUGAUUUCCACUCAGACGACCCACAAGAUAACUGGUACUAUGACUCUGUAACACCGCGUGGGUUUUCGUUCGAUGGGGCCAUGCCACAGGCAUGCAAGACUCCAUUGGGCAGGGGGAAAACAUGCACAGCAUGUCAGAACAUUGGCGAUCACAAGAAGGCCGUCAGCUAUUAUCAACAAGCACUACAGAUGGACCGGGUUAUCCAUGGUAAGGACACUGCACAUUCUGACAUCGCGUCGUCACUUAACAACUUGGCUAACGCCUGGGGGGACCUUGGUGACCACAAAAAGGCUGUCAGCUAUCAUGAACAGUCCAUAAAGAUGAUGCGGGUUAUCUAUGGUGAGAACACUGCACAUCCUAACAUCGCCGGGUCACUUAACAACUUGGGUAACGCCUGGGGGAACCUUGGUGAUUACAAAAAGGCAGUCAGCUAUCAUGAACAGUCACUGCAAAUGAUGCGGGUUAUCUAUGGUGAGGACACUCCACAUCCGCACAUCGCCAUGUCACUUGACAACUUGGGUAUCGCCUGGAGGGACCUUGGUGAUCACAAAAAGGCCGUCAGCUAUUAUGAACAGUCACUACGGAUGGAGCUGGUUAUCUAUGGUGAGAACACUGCACAUCCUGACAUCGCCGGGUCACUUAACAACUUGGGUACCGCCUGGGGGAACCUUGGUGACCACAAAAAGGCCGUCAACUAUUAUGAACAGUCACUACAGAUGAUGCUGGUUAUGUACAGUGAGAACACAGCAGUUCCUAACAUCGCCGGGUCACUUAACAACUUGGGUAACGCCUGGGGGGACCUUGGUGAUCCAAGAAAGGCCGUCAGCUAUCAUAAACAGUCCCUACAUAUCAGGAAGGUUAUCUAUGCUGAGAACACUGCACAUCCGCACAUCGCCAAGUCACUUAACAACUUGGGUCUUGCCUGGGGGGACCUUGGUGAUCACAAAAAGGCAGUCAGGUAUCAUGAACAGUCACUACAGAUGAGGCGGGUUAUCCAUGGCGAGAACACUGCACAUCCUGACAUCGCCCGGUCACUUCACAACUUGGGUAAUGCCUGGAAGAACCUUGGGGAUCACAGGAAGGCCGUCAGCUAUCUUGUACAGUCCUUACAGAUGAGGCGGGCUAUCUAUAGUGAGAACACUGCACAUCCUGUCAUCGCCGCGUCACUUAACAACUUGGGUAGCGCCUGGAACGACCAUGGGGAUCACAAAACGUCUGUCAGCUAUCAUGAACAGUCACUACAGAUGAGGCGGGCUAUCUAUGGUGAGAACAAUGCACAUCCUAAAAUCGCCGCGUCACUUAACAACCUGGGUAGCGCCUGGGGGAACUAUGGAGAUUACAAAACGGCAGUCAGCUAUCAUGAACAGGCACUACAGAUGAGGCGGGUUAUCUAUGGUGAGAACACUGAACAUCCUGACAUCGCCGCACCACUUCACAACUUGGGUAAUGCCUGGAAGGACCUUGGGGAUCACAGGAAGGCCGUCAGCUAUCAUGAACAGGCACUACAGAUGAUGCGGGUUAUCUAUGGUGAGGACGCUGCACAUCCCUUCAUCACUAUGUCACUUAACAACUUGGCUAAUGCCUGGCUGAACCUUGGUGAUCACAGGAAGGCAGUCAACUAUUAUGAACAGGCACUACAGAUGAUGCGGAUUAUACAUGGUGAGAACACUCCACAUCCUGACAUCGCAGCGUCACUUGGCAACUUGGGUAAUGCCUGGGGGGACCUUGGUGAUUACAGAAAGGCCGUCAGCUAUCAUGAACAGGCACUACAGAUGGAGCGGGUUAUCUAUGGUGAGAACACUCCACAUCCUGGCAUCGCCGGGUCACUUCACAACUUGGGUAAUGCCUGGGGGGACCUUGGGGAUCACAGGGAGGCCGUCAGCUAUUAUGAACAGCCACUACAGAUGAUGCGGGUUAUCUAUGGUGAGAACACUGAACACCCUGGCAUCGCCGCGUCACUUAACAACUUGGGUAGCGCCUGGAACGACCUUGGGGAUCACAAAAAGGCCGUCAGCUAUCAUGAACAGUCACUACAGAUGAGGCGGGUUAUCUAUGGUGAGAACACUGAUCACCCUGACAUCGCCAGGUCACUUAACAACUUGGGUAACGCCUGGGGGGACCUUGGUGAUCACAAAAAGGCAGUCAGCUAUUAUGAACAGUCACUACAGAUGAUGCGUGUUAUCUAUGGUGAGAACACUGCACAUCCUGACAUCGCUGCGUCACUAAACAACUUGGGUAUCACUUGGAUGGACGUUGGUGAUCACGAAAAGGCCAACAGCUAUUUUGAUCAGGCAUCAAAGAUGGAGGAUAGACUUUAGCUAAGUAUAGGAUGUUGCAUUGGUGUGCCCCUUUAGGAUUUACUUGCUGUAUAACUAUUCUAAGUCUGUUCUGAACAGACGCUACAUAUAGCAAGUUUAAGAAGAAUACAGGUAUAUGACCUAGGGAUGUACAACCUAUAACUUUCGUAUGCAUUUACUUUAACGCUUUAGGCCACACGAUAUAAUCUUUUAUGGAUGUCGUCUUUCAGAGACCCUAAAUGUAAUGCGAGAGCGCAAGAAACAAGAAAGGCCGAAAAAAGCAAGAUUUCUAGAUAUGAAAUAUACUAAGCAACAAAUGUCAGGAUACAAAUUGAAUGCGAGAACACAGUGUAACAACUAACAUAUCUUUUUUUCGUACUGAAAACAGCACUAAAC